AUGUCUGAACUUAAUCCUGAGGAUUUGAGCCUCCCAAAGGCCACGGUGCAGAAGAUUGUGAGCGAGAUUUUGCCGCCCGACCUGGUUUUCUCAAGAGAAAGCCGCGACGCACUGAUUGAAUGUUGCGUCAUGUUCAUCAUGAUCUUGUCCAACGAGUCGAACGAUAUGGCGGAAAAAGAGUCGAAAAAGACCAUUGCCUGCGAGCAUGUCAUAAAAGCUCUCGAAGAGCUCGAUUUCCGUGAUUACAUCGAGCCCAUCCAGCAAACCAUCGCGGCGCACAAGGAGUCUCUCAAAGUGCGUGAGCGCAAAGUCGGCAAGCUCGACCAGUCUGGAAAAUCCGAGGAAGAAUUGCUGCGUGAACAGGAGCUUCUUUUCGCCAGCUCCCGCCAACGCAUGCUCAGCGCGGGCUCUGUGCCCAAAGUCGACGAGUCCUCGGCAGAGUCCCCGGCCGUGUCAGAUCCCUCGGUGAAGGUCGAAACCUCCACCGAAUGA